ACUUGUCUUUUCGUUUCUAAAGCAAACACCAGGAAGUAGCGCAGUGACACCCAGCCUUUUUCGGCCAAUCGGGUGCUCCACUUCCUGUUGUCACCUAAAUGAGAGCAAGUCGACAAUCGAGAUGGAAGUGAACCGCUUGGACUUCUACAUCGGUCUCUCUCUGGCUGUGAGCUCCAGUGUUUUUAUCGGGUCAAGUUUCAUCUUGAAAAAGAAAGGCCUGCUGCGAUUGGCCAGCAAGGGCUCAACGCGAGCAGGUCAGGGGGGCUACGCUUACCUGAAAGAAUGGCUGUGGUGGGCUGGGCUCAUUUCAAUGGGAGUAGGAGAGGGCGCCAACUUCGCUGCAUAUGCGUUUGCACCUGCCACACUGGUAACCCCGCUCGGAGCGCUCAGCGUACUUGUCAGUGCUGUGCUCUCGUCGUACUUUCUAAAUGAGAGGCUGAAUAUUCACGGGAAGAUUGGAUGCCUGCUUUCCAUCUUGGGUUCCACAGUCAUGGUGAUCCAUGCGCCGCAAGAAGAGGAAGUUGCCUCGCUCAGCGCCAUGGCUGAGAAACUGAAGGACCCAGGUUUCAUCGUUUUUGCCGUGUGUGUUGUUGGAAGCAGCCUGGUCCUGAUCUUUGCCGUGGCUCCUCGCUUCGGACAAAAGAAUGUCCUGGUUUACAUCCUGAUCUGCUCUGUGAUCGGCUCCCUCUCCGUCUCUUGUGUCAAGGGUCUUGGCAUUGGUAUCAAAGAGCUGUUUUCAGGGACGGCGGUGCUGAAGGACCCCCUGUUCUGGGCGUUGCUCGUCUGCCUGGCGAUCUGCGUCAGCAUUCAGAUCAGCUACCUGAACAAAGCGCUCGACAUCUACAACACCUCGAUUGUCACGCCGAUUUACUAUGUCUUCUUCACCACGUCCGUCAUGGCUUGCUCGGCCAUCUUAUUCAAGGAGUGGUUAAAAAUGACUUUUGAUGGUGUAGUGGGGACAAUCAGCGGCUUCCUCACCAUCAUUUUAGGGAUUUUUCUCCUUCAUGCCUUUAAGGACAUUACGUUUAGCGUGGACUCCCUCCCUUUAUACCUGAGGAAAAGCCCUUACUGGUCCGUUGGAGGCCAACAGCCUUACAUGGCUCUUCCUGAUGAUGACUUGCAAGCAGAUAAUGACAGAAAGUUGUCAGCCAGAGGUGGUGACUAGAAAGGAGCCUCAUGAAUAAAAAGAAAAAAGCACCAGUAUACUCAUCCUUGCCUCUCAAACUUUUACAAUUUUUUUCAAGCAAAGCAUAAUACACUGGAUGAGGACAUUUGCUUUUUUACUUUAGCAUUUAUAUCUCUGUAAUGGAUCUCAUUUAUAGCCUUACACACAUUUACUUUGGUUCAAAACAAAAUGGGACAAAAUAUUUUUAACAUAAUUUAUUUUUGUUCACUGCUGUCUUUGAUAUUUCUGUUUUUUAAGUUAAGUGUUUGUGUUUGGCUAAUGAAAGCUUCAACAUACAGAAGGCAAAACAUUGAACACAUCACAAAUUUUCAUAGUAAACAUAUUUCUGAAGAUGCUAUUGACAUGUAAUUUUCACCAUAUGUUGGUAGCAACCCAAGUAAUCCAUACAUAGAGACCAAAACAAAUAAGUUAUUGUGAUGUGUUCAAUACUUGUUUUAUUCACUACAUAGUUUAGUGAUUUUUACUGUAAUUAGAAAACUAAGACUUAGUGGAGCAAAUGUUUGCUCUUAGGAAUAUUAGUGAGCUACAGUAUUACCUCAGCAUUAUGUUCAAAAUCUAAAUCAAAGAAUGUAAUAUCAUGUACGAAGCUGUAUAUUUAAUUUUAAUGUAAAGUCUCAUUAAAACAAAGAGCUUACAGUGGAUGUAAGAAGUCUGCAUAUAUCUGUUAAAAUGCCAGGUUUUGUGAUGUAAAAAAAUUAAUUAUUUCACAACUCUCCCUCA